UACAUAUUGAGGAGCCUUCCACUAGUGUUCAUGGUAGCUGUGAUAGUAUCAGAGCAAUCUGCUGUGUGUUGCAUGCAGAAGAUGACAAAAUGAAUGGAGAGAGUCUCCUCCAAUACCUCCACCAAGAUACAAGAGAAAACAUAAAUUAGCAUCCAUGACAACUGUGACUCACAUCAAUAAAAGUACAGAUAGAACUGUUGCAAAGAUAAUCCCACCCAAAAGAAGACAUCGAUCCACAUCAUCUGUGGAAGUGGCAGUAAUUACUAAUGAUUGCUACUGCAAAGAUUAUAAUAAUCAAGACAAUAAUACAAAUAGCAUUGUAACCACAGAUGAAUUGAUAACUAAGACUAUGAAUGAUAAAGCUGUUAACAGCAUUGAAGUUCCACAUUCAGUUUGGCUCACUGAUCAACCUAAUCAUCAAUCCAUUGAUGAAAGAAAAAUUUAUGAAGUUAAUAAUGUGUGUACAAAAUCUGAAGAAUGUGACCAGAAUGACAGUGGGGUAUAUCUGCCAGAAGCAAUGCUUUCUGAAGAAACUGAAAAACAUAUUAGUUUGAUCCAAACUGAAAGUGAUUUUAGAAGUUCAGGCAUUCAGGAUACAAUUAAUUUUACUAGUAAGCAUUUGAUAUCCUUAGAUCCAGUUAUGCCAAUGUUAGAUAAUUCACACAAAGUUAGCAAUGAAUGUGAGGUGACUGCAGGAUUGCUAAGAAAUUUUACUUCAUUUUUAUCUGUUCCAAAUGAGGAUCCUAAGCACUUGUUGGAUGAAGCACAGACCUGUGUACUAUGUAAUGCUCAUCUUACAAAGGCAUCUACGCCUAUAGUAGAUGAUUCCCAUAUUUUAGUUGAGAAUGUUGAAGAGGCUACCAAUGAUAUUAUAAACAGAAUAUGUAAGUGUCUUAACUGUGAAAGAUCUUUAAAAAACUUAUGUACAGAAAAUAGUCGUUUAUGUAUGGAUUCCAACUUUUCUAUAUGUGGCUCAGAUUGUACUGGCAGUGUCUUCCAUAAAAGAGAGAAAGAGCUCUGCAAUGAUGAUUUGUCAGAAAAUAAGAAUGCAGUUCAAUUCCUGCUACCUAAAGAAUCUCCACCUACAGAUGUAGCAUUAGUAUCCAGCAUACCAUUUUCUUUGAACCAGUGUCAUUUUAACGAUUUGAGUAAUGCAACUGAAGAAAAUACAUGCAUCAGGCAAAGUGGCCUUGGCCUCUUGUCCAGUAAUGAGGAACAGAGUGUUUCAUUCAUUAAAUAUGAUACUACUGACGGUAAGGCAUCAAGUACUGAUAUCUCAGUAGUGAAUGAUUUGACUGAUGUGACUAGCAGGAAUAAUUAUACAGCCAUAGCUAGAAGAAUACCAAAGAAAGCAUCUAUUUGUGAUGGAGGCUGUUGUUCAUACAGUGCCUUGGAGAAUUUUGAGGCUGUCACUCUCAAUCAGGAUAGAGAAAACCAAUGGGUUGUUUCAAAUAGUGCAGAAGUGGAUAAUAAGGAACAUACAUACUACAAAAGUAACAAUUGCAAGACUAUUACAAGCAAGGAAGAAGUGCAUCCCAACAAAAUAUCAAAAAGCUUUCAUUUGUUUCUUAAAAAUAUGUUAACAGAUGAUGAAGAAUAUGAUCUCAAUUAUCAGAGGGAUAAUAUACAAAGCUCUAUUAAUUUUAAGUGUGCUUUAAACCAAACUGAAGUUACCAACUCAACAGAAAAGACUAAUAAAGGAAUUAUGUGUUUAGAAUUAAGCAAGGAAGAACCUACAGGACUUCCUGGUCACUGCAAGGUAUCACCCAGGUGUAUUGUUGUAGAAUCUUGUGUAGUGUGUGAUAGUGUAUGUAAUGGCAGUGGAUACUGCAAUCAGCAUGUAUGUGAUAGUGAAGACUGUUGUGUGAUGUCACUUGUUAGUGUGGAUACCACUGUACCUUCCUCUAAUAAAAGCCGUCAGUCACCAUUACAUGGAGAACACCAGGUUUCAUUAAUCUCAGAUUGCUGUAGCAACAUGAAGAAAUCAAAAGAAUUAACUAAUGAUCUUAGUGUUGCUAAUAAGAGCACUGAAGAGUCUGUUAACAAAACUAGUGAAGAUAUAAUUAAAACAAAUAAUAAAGAAUCUUUCAUAACAGUAAACAAGAGUGCUACAUUGCCUUCUUCCGGAAGUACGGAUACUAUUAACAAAUCAUAUAAUUAUUCACAUGAUCAGAUAGCAGGUAGAUCUAAUGCCCCAGCUAUAGUUAAGAGCAGAGAUAAACCACUGAAGAAAAAUAAAAUUAAUGAUGAUUGUUUGGAUCACUUGAGGACAGAAAUGGAGAAAAACUCAGAAGUGCAUGAAUGUGGUGGUGAAAAUAACAAUAAUUUUGAAAGGACAACUUAUGUAAGAAAAGAAUGGUUAAUACCUGUCAAGAAAGAAGACGUGAAGAAUAGCGAUCACAUGAAUUCAGAUGCAUGUGAAGAAUACCAUGUUGAAUUGGAAAAGAUGUGGGGUAGUCUUGGACUAAAAAUAGAGGAGUGCUCAAAUUUCCCAUGGAUCCAGAUCAGUGAUAUUCUUCCAGGGGGUGCUGCACAACAGAAUGGCCAUAUAAAGAAAGGUGAUCACUUGCUGGAAAUCAACGGCCAUCCAUUAUCUUCGUAUGAGGACGCUACCGAGCUACUAAAGCGCUCUUCCGAUGUUGUCCACUUAAAAUUUCUUCACAAUCGCCAUUCAAAUAGCCACCGGAAAGGACGUCAUGAUCCCAGUUCCGGUAAUUCAGCGUCUUCGCGGCGGCCUAAGCGUCGCCAUCAACGUCAAAACCUGUCAUCGCUAAAUAUAGAUUCCGGAAUGGGUUCUAACGUCAGCCGGCAUUCCGAAAAAGGUUUGACCGGUCGUCGGGCCCAGUCCCAUGGAAAUUUAUGCAACGGGAACAAAAUCUUGGCGCCCAGCGUAGGGCGCAUUCUCGUGCCAUGCAGUGGUGGUGUGGGGCCCAAAGAUCGCAACAAAUUUUGCGGUUCUCUGCCGAACCACUUGGACACGAAGCACGGUGAUGUUGAGGACCCUUGUCGCAAUGGUAAUAACAACAAUGGAGAGCAUGCGAUACCCAACAAUUGCAACGAGGUCGAGCUGCGCCUUCGUCCCCUGCCGUCGUCGUGUACCCUGGACCCCGCGUCACUCCACGACCAAGGCUAUGGUUCGGAGAGAUCUCCAGAGGAGGAGCAUCCGCCUUCAUUGCCCGGGUUACUGGAGCUGACCAGCAAGUACCCGUUCAUUACUAGAGAAGCUACGUUCGAGGUGUGCUUGCUGAAGGGCGGCCGAGGGCUGGGGCUUAGUGUGACUGGCGGCGUGGAUGCAGGCGAGCAGUGGCCCGGCCUGAUUCGAAUCAAGCGCCUGUUCCCACACCAACCCGCAUCGCAGACCGGUCAGCUGCGCCAGGGGGACAUCCUGCUGGCUGCGAACGGCGUCCCUCUCAUCGGCCUCACCAACUAUCAAGCCCUGGAAGUGUUGCGGAAAACGCCAAACAAUGUUGUGCUGACCGUCUGCCGGCCUCCUAGUGACGUCUUCUGCACCCAGGCUCCGAGCGAGCCCCCACCACCGCCGCCGCCCCCACCCCCACGCAGGGACCCAGCCCACAAUAUCAGCUACUCUAGUCAUCACAUUCUCCCUCUACCGCCGCUCCAGACGGAGGGCCCCUGUGGGGAAUUUGACAUUGUGCUGACCAAAGUCAAUCGUAGUCUUGGUUUCACCUUGCGGAAGGAGGAUGAGAGUGUUUUGGGCCACUAUGUUCGUGCAUUGGUUCGUGAUCCUGCCCUUUCUGAUGGUCGCAUCAGGCCUGGGGACAAAAUUGUUGCUGUGAAUGAUGUGGAUAUUUCGCCAAUGAGUCAUGAGGAAGCAGUGAUGUUUCUUCGCCAGUGUGGUGACCAGGUGAAGCUUCGUCUCUACAGAGAUGCAGCCCAGACUCCAGUGUCUGCCCUCUCUCCUGCUGAGGAGGUGAAGGUUUUCAAACCAAAGCCAUUGCUCAGGAAGGAGGCAAUAGACAUGUUAUCAGACUUGGCUGUGAAAAAGCUGUCACCAUGUGACUCAAGCAGUUCAAGCUACAGCAGGCUGCGCAGAGUUUCAGAUGGACAAAGUUCCUCUCCAUGUUCAUCCCCUCGGAGACGUCAGCUCGUUAAGACGCCUUCACCAGAUGUGCAUGCAGCUACCUCAGACAAGCUUGGUCAAAAAUAUAUAGUAACUAGUCAUGUUGGUGACUCCGACUCUUCUGGUGAGCAGUCUCGGACAAGCAUGGAUUCCACAAAGGGGAGGGGUAAUGCAAGCAGUUUUGCGUAUACUACAGGCAGUGGUGAUAGCAUUGACAUGAAACCUCAGCGUCCUAAUUUUCUUGAUUUGUGUGCUGGCAAUACCACGCCAGGCUCGUCUAGGAAACAAAAGUUCACAUUUUCUGUUGCAGCAACUGGAGGUAAUGAAUGGGACUCUCUUGCCCCAACUAGUGAAUCAGAUGAGCUUGCAACUAACACAACACUUGGUAGUGUAAGUCAGUACUAUCCAACUACAAGUAAUAGCAGUGACGAGUUCAGGACUGAUUGUGUGGAUGAUAGUGGCCCAAACUAUGAUAGUAAUUUACCAACAGAGCCAGCAAGUAUGCCACCUCUAACAAACCUGUCAUCAACGUCCAGCACGUCAACUGCAUUCAGUUACAGGAAUCCAGCCUACCAGUCUGCACAUCCAAGUUGUUAUAUGUCAAACAGUCAAAACAGUAUGAGGAAAAGCUUGGAAGAUACAACUGAACAUGCAUCAGAUCAAGACAUACCAGGAAAACUGUCUAAACAUCAGACUGGAUCUGGUGGUGAGGGUUCUAGAGGGUUACUCAAGUGGAAGGGGAUUGUGUUCACACCAGAGAAUGAUGCAGUAGAGGAAAGGGAGAACAGUAACAUCACCCCAUGUCCAGAAGACUCCAGCAGUCAGCUUGCUAUGGACAAGGAAAAUGAACAAGGAGAUCAAGUCUUUAUGGUGGAGCUGACUCGGGGCUGGAAUAGUCGAUUAGGCUUUAGUCUGCAGGGAGAUGGUCAUCACACUUACAUCAGUGCCAUAUAUGCAGACAGCGUGGCUGCAAAGGAUGGUCGGUUGCAAGCAGGAGACCAAGUACUCAUGGUGAAUGAUGAGAAUGUAGAAGAUAUGAGCACUGCUGAGGUUAUUGAUCUGCUAAGAAAGAUUCGUGGUACAAUUGGAAUCACAGUUUUGAGGAAAAGUGGACCACAUCUUCAAAGUUCAUGACUGCUUGUCAGGAAAAAUUAUAGAUUGUGUCCUUGAGUCAUUUAUGUCCCAGUUUUUUUGGAGGGCACUGUUUUCCUGUGUUCAUUGCUUCCUUUCUAAACAGAGAACCCAGGAGUUGCUGCUGUUCUCAGAUAUUUUCGUUUGUGAUUCAGAUCUAGUUUAUUAAGUUUAAAAAAUAAAAUACUGCUGUUUUACAAGAGACAUAAUGUGUUGAUGUCUAUGAUAAAAUAAAUGUCAUAAAAUAUCUAUAAAUCAGUGACUGUUUCAAGAUAUGAAAUGUGAGGUAUUAGAAAAUGUGCAGCAGAGGCAUUAACAAUACUAGGCAAAAUAUAAGAAAGCUUCAAUAGUGAACACAGGGUAAAAUGAUAAGUUCUGUCAUUCUCAUUACAGAUUUCAAUGCCAGACCUGAUUUUCUUCCUAAAUUAAAGUGUUGUAUUCAGAUUCUUCUUGCUCCAGCUUUAUUCAACUGUGCCAUUAAGUAUAAAGCAUUUGCAGUAUUUUGAAUUUUGUAGCUAUCUGCUGUCUAGGAAUUCAUUUCUGUCUUAGUGCAAAUGCCAUUUUAUAUUUUAUAAAGAAUUUAUAGUGUAAAAUGGAUAAAAGAUCAAAUAUGCAACUUAUUUCUCUUAACUAUGAAGGAGAUACCGGCCAGCCAUCUACCCAUUUUUGUGUCUUAUCUUUGGAUGUGUGGGCUGUGACAGCAACUUUGAGAAAUAAUUUGCAUAUGCUCUUUCCUGGGGAUUUAGAAUUAUUUUGUUGUAUAUUAAUCUGGUUAGAAUGAAAUGGCCUAGAUUAAGUGGAUCUAAGUAUAAUCCUGACACACCAACUCUUAUUGUUAAACUCUUGUGAUAUGGAGUAUUAGUCUUAAAACCAGGUUAAGUGUAUCUACCAAUGGAAAGCACUUAGUGUGCUAUAGUAUCUUAAAACCAGGUUAAGUAUAUCUACCAAUGGAAAGCACUUGGUGUGCUAUAGUAUUUCAUUGAAAAUGAAAGAAAAAAUAUAGGAUUUACAAAAAGUUCUGUUGCAAUAUUAAGUUCACUUUCACACAUAUGUGAACACUCCUUGUUGUAAAUAUGUGAAUAGUGGGUAAAGUUUGACUGAAAACUGAUUUCUAAAGAUUAUUGAAACCUUGAAAAUUAAGUAUAGCUUGUAACAUAUGUUCAUAAAUGUUUAAUUAUUUUUGUAAGGCACUUAGUAUUAUGGUAAAAUUAAAAAAAAUAUAGAUUUUGUGAUUGGAUGGAUGCAAAAAAUACUUUGUGCUUCCAUUCAGAGUGAAUUUAAUAUCAGUAAACAAACAGAAGUACAUGUCACCAAAGAAUAACUGUAGACCUAUCAUAUGUAAAUAUAUUGGAGAUUUGAUUUAGAA